CAGGCUCCAGCAGCGUCGGGUGGGCUCGGCGGGCUCCCGGGCAGGGGACUGCGAUGCUGAAGGCCAAGAUCCUCUUCGUGGGGCCCUGCCAGAGUGGAAAAACUGUUUUGGCCAACUUUCUGACCGAAUCUUCCGACAUCACUGAAUACAACCCAACCCAAGGAGUGAGGAUCCUGGAAUUUGAGAACCCACAUGUUAGCAGCAACAGCAAAGGCGCAGGGUGUGAAUUUGAGCUAUGGGACUGUGGCGGUGAUGUAAAGUUCGAGUCCUGCUGGCCAGCUCUGAUGAAGGAUGCCCAUGGAGUAGUGAUCAUCUUCAAUGCUGACAGCCCCAGCCACCUGCAGGAAAUUGAAAUGUGGUACUCCUGCUUUGUCCAGCAGCAGUUCUUACAGGACACUCAGUGUCUGUUAAUUGCACAUCACAAACCAGGCUCCGGAGGUGAUAAAGGAAGCCUGUCUUUGCCACCACCCUUGAACAAGCUGAAGCUGGUGUACUCGAACCUUGAGGAUGCCCCUGAAGAGAUCCGGCUGGAAUUCAUAAAGUACUUAAAAGGCAUAAUCAGCUCAGUGUCUGAGAGCAGAGACAGGGAAGAGAUGUCAAUUAUUACCUAAUUCAUCUGCGACUGCCACACCCCAAACGAAACAACUUCUUUCCUGGUACAGAUCUGAAAUCUCAUCCAGCUACUGAUGUUUUCUUCUGCCAGUGGCUAUAAAAGAAAUUUUCCUUAUCUGCUAGAGGGAGUUGACCCAUACCAUCUACUGUCUGUCCUUAGUUCAACUGAGAAAAUUCUGUCAUUGAAUUCUGAUUCCUUGGCCCCAGACCUUUCCAAAGAGCUGGAAAAUUGAGGUUUUGUUUUCCCCCCUUCACAUAUGUCAAGUUACAAAAAUUGUGGUAUUGUAACUGUCACAGUCCAAUGAUACAACAGUAGUUUAAUCCAUGUGUAUUGGUUUGAAUGUAACUUUCAUUCCUUGACUUACUCAACAAAUCCUGACUGGUUGAGCAUCUACUAUGUGUGAGGCACUGAAUGAAACAGACAAAAAUCCUUAUCCUCAUGGAGCUUCCAUUCUUUUGUUUCUGAAUAAUAGUAGAGUCAAAAACUUAAAACUACAUCUUGAAUAUGCAAGAAAAACUGUAGAUCCUUCAUUUUCUAUAACUGAUUUAAAUCUCACGUGUUCCCACCCCCAGGAUAAUGAGGGACCUGGGGUACUUUCAAUGCCAAAUGAAGGUAUAGUGGAUCCUCAUUUCUGGAUUUUGUAUUCGGGAAUUCAUCUACUUGCUAAAAAUUUAUUUGUAACCCCAAA